AUGGUUGAAUGCCACUGCUCCAACUGUGAUGUUGAGAGAUUUGAGGUUGGUCGAGAGAAAGCUAUCCACACGACAAAAUACAAUUUCGAUGAGCUUAUUGCACACCCCAAUAACAUUGAGGCCGACCCAUUGAAUAUCCCUUUCAAACCACUCAAGACAAGCACCAACUGGGAACCAGGGCCAACCGAUGAGCCAUUAGUGCCAGUGAUGGAGUUUUUCGCGAAUUCAUUGGUCUCUGACUUUGAAACCAUGUUUCAAGAGCUGUUUGAUCCAACUGCUUGUGAUUUUCCAUCAUCUGAUCUCUUCGCCAUAGGAAGGGCACGACGGGUAGCUUUGGGAUUCGAUCAUGGUCUCCUGCUUGAACAAGUUGAACUGCUCAUGGAUGGUGAAGCGGUACCCGGGCAUCUUGAUCUGAUUCAGUCCGCAUGGAACAAUUUUAGCAGGAGCGAUAAUUAUUUAGACUAUGUACACGAGAAGAAUACUUAUGAAGAGGUCAUAUCACGAAAAGGUGAUGCCUUGCGAGCUGCAAAGAUUCUUGCCGACCAAAUCAAGCAGGAUAAACAAGCUGAAAACCGUUUGGCAAUUGAGAAAGGUAAGGCAGAUCGAAUCGCUAAGAAGAUCAUCGAGGAACAAGAAAAAGAAAAAGCGAAGAUAGAUAGAGAAGCCAAAGCAGAACUUAAGAAACGGGAGGACGAAAAGAAGGAAGCGGAAAAGACUUUAAGAGCAGAGAAGAAAAUAUUGAAAGAGGCCGCUGACAAGAAGAAGCGGAUCAAGAGACAAGGGGAUGAUCAACAUUUAGCAAUGCUCAAGGCUAAGUACGCAAAGGUCCAGGACAAUCACUCACUGGACUGA